AUGAAGCGAUCGCGAUCCGAGUCUCCUAGAUCGGUACGUCGGAAGUCUGCACGACUUGCUGCGCAGCCAUUCUCUCGACAGCGUGUACUCCCCAGCAUCAAACCUCAGUCAAACUACGAAGACCUCCAACUUCGCGAGCCGAGACUCUACUGCAACACUUGCAACCUCUACCAGCCUCUUGCACAAGGCCGCGCAGGUGACAGUGGCCCCCAAAAUCGGGCGCACGCAAUAGCUGAGGUCGUGCAAGAGAUUGACGAUCUGGUCGCUUCUACUAAGAAAAGGUUGCGGCGGAAGUAUGCACAGUUUCAGACGCUCACGGAAAGAUUCGUGGACUAUGUGUCGACACGUAAAUAUAUAUACGAAGAUGGAGAUCUCCUCGCCCUACCAUACGAAAACCUGAAGUAUACCUUGAAGGAAGUGUGCUACAACACAUCUGAUCCUGAACGCUAUGCCGCUUAUGUUAUGCGAGCUAUUACUGCUGCCGCGCAGUUACCACGCCCCAGAGAUGAGAAGCACCCGAAGUGGAGCCCAACGGAGCCAGGCAAGGAGAAGGGAAACCUCCUCGACAAGUGUCUUGCGUUGAUUGGCGUGGUGAUCGACAAUGAUAUGGCAAAAGAAGCUGUCCACGCCUUGGUUCUCUUGAAGGUCCAUCUGCACGCAGGCAGCAAGAGAAUGACCUAUGGAGACCACGCGCCAGCCCAUAAAGCACUUGAUCGCAUCAUCUAUGCCUUGAUCGACGACAACAACGUCCCAAAUGGUGCGCGGAGCUGUAAUGAUGUAAAUGGGAAGCCGUUAACGUCCCCUCAUCACGAACACAGGUGUACAGUUCUUAUGCAUGGUCUCGUGUGGCACUCUGGCCCAGCGCGACAGGGCUUGGGAGAGAUGGACUUCGCCUCCGCAGCGCGACUGUUGAGGACCGCGUAUCUCAAGCACGAUUGCGGCCUGCCGCAUACUUCGUGCGAUGCCAGUCGAAGGCAGUGCUUCCAUCAAAAUUCACUCGACUUGCCGGAGUACCUUCACAAGCGCGCAUGGUCAGAGGUGCGCUUUAACGUCUUCAGCACUGCCGGUACCCUUCUAUCGGCCGAGCUGGCCAAGCACGUGUUCGAAUACGCUCUUGUUGCAGAGGAGGUACCUUUCGUGCCGACAAACUUGAAAAGCACUACACAGAGCCAGCCAAACCGCGUUCGGAACGAGGAGGGUGUGGCAAGUGGUCGUGGAGGCUGA